AUGUGUUUUAAGAAUGGUAUUUUCAAUUUGCUUCAAUAGGAUCAUCAUUGUUUAUGGGUUUUUUGCUAAUUCAUAAUCUAUGCGUUGCUCUGUAUGUCAUAAUGUGUUAUAUUCAUUACCUUUGAACUGUUUAUUGAAACUUCACUUAAAGGAAAUUCAAAGUUUCUUUGCCAAAUGCGUGCAUUUACAUGUUUACUUCUUUGUAUCUCUAUGGGAACUCUUCUGUCAUUUCACCUAUAUUAUAUUGCAAGAAAUGUGACAACGGUUGAAUUUCACAUAGAAGAAAUGAAAACUGACAAUCCAUUUCGAAAGUCAAGAAUGGUAGACAAUUUUAAAGAACUCUUUGGUUCACUUUAUAUCAAUUGGAUUUUUCCAUUAACUGAGAAUGAAAGUAAGACUAAUAUUUAAAAUGACUCUUUCGAAUUAUGA